UAAAAGUUGAAAAAGAACCAAAAACAGAUCCCAAUAUAUCCAAUCACAGCUGCACAUCUCGAAAAUGUAACAUGACUAAAUUAAACCAUCACCGUUAAUUUUAAAAACAUCCAACACAUCAAAAACACAUCUGUAAACUCGCAUGGACCACAUCAAUCCUCUCAUGCCCAUCAUUUCCGCCAUAAAAGCUUUACCUUUUUUCCACAAUUAGCCAGGUACACACUAAUUCGACACUAGUAGAAUCUUACACACACACACUAGAAUCCACUUCAAUGCCGUCAUCUAUCCGCUGGUGGUGGCCGAUCCAUUUCACUUCAUCUGGAUCUGUACCAAGGUGGCUGAGUUGGCGUCGACCGGAGCUGAGUUUAUUGUCUGUGGUGGUCGACGACGUUGUGUGGAAAGUUGUUACGGCGUUCGAGUCGGUGGCCUUGGUCUCCAUGCUCUGUUUCUUCUUCCUCUUUUGUGGCUGCACCGUCUAGUUUUGAUUUUACUUAAUCUCGUUAAGAUUUUUUGUAUUUUUUUGUGAACGGUGUUUUAUCACCGGAAAGUUUUGAAUUGUUUUUUUUUCUUUUUAAUUUUUAGCUGCGUCACCGUGUGGUAGUGGCGGAGAAAUUUAUGUUAGUGAUUCAAAAGGAGGCGCGUGAUGCUCACUCGAGAGUUAUGAUCAUUUGUGUUUAGUUUUGGUUUCUUUUGAAGGAUGAUUAUGUUAUGUUAGGUUCGAAUCUUGUGAACCAGAAAAAACAAAAACCUAUGGUUUCUAUAUUAAGAAAGCUGUAAAAUCGAAAUCGUAAUGGGAUUUUGAAAACGGAUAUUACAUAGUU